AUGAAGGUUUUGGUGGGGAGCCCCGGCACCGUCAGUAGCCUCCUGCUGAGGCUGGGGCAGAGCUUGUUCGCCGCUGCUUCCAUCGGGGUGAUGAUCUCCUCCUCCGGCUUCUCUACCUACACGGCCUUCUGGUACGGCCUCUGCUUCUCCUAUCCCUGUAUUCCUCUUUUCUAUUUGAUCCAUUACUGUGCGAAUUUAUUUUAUUUAAAUAAUUGAUUAGUCUCAAAUUGCUCAUUAGUUGAUGUACAGUCCAAAAAGGUACACCUCCACGUGGGAUGCUGCAUUCGAUCAAUUAUUUGAAGGAUAGUCUGGGCAAUAAACUGUGUUCAUCCGGACUAUUUUUGAAUAUCUUCUUCAUCAUUUUGGUCUGUUGGUUCUGAAGGUGUAUUAUUUAUCAUCGACUAAUAUUUUUCUUAGGUUUCUCCAUUCAGUGAGUUUCUUAGGUUUCUUAGUAAAUUUUUCAAUUCCAGCCUGUUUAGUAUGUUCGCAAUGUUCUUGCUAAUGGAGUAAGUAAAUCGAAGGAAACAGAAUUUCACUAAUUAAGUAAGUUGGAGAACUAUCUCACAUAUAUGUAAUCUAUGCAUGAUUUAUCGACUAUUUUUACUUUUCUUGCGUCGGGAUUUAUCCUCUCAACAUGAUUGAAAAAUUCCCUGGUCAUAUUUGUCACUAAUCUCAUAUAUUAUAAAUCAGAUUCGUCCUGGAGCUGGUGAACGAAUCUGCAUUACUUAUCCCAAUGAAGCUCAUCCAUGCAGGAAAUCCGUCACCUUCAUAAUUUUGUUAGCUUGGAGCAAUACUGGGGAUCGUAUAUUCUUUUGUAUUGUCCGGCAUAGUCAUAAUUGAUCUUGAUGAUUGAAAUAUGACAAUUUUCCUCGAUCAAACUAAUACAGUGGUCAAAAUAUUUUUUUAUAAGUCUUAUCUUUUCAGGUUCAACUGUUCCUUUUUUUGACGGUAUUAUAGAUCAAUCGACUCCCAUAUUCCAAAAACUAAUAGAGUUACAUAAGUGGUGUAUUUUCUGCACAAAUAAACUUGAUUGAGUACAUUUUUCCGGGGUCAACCUCAUCGGUGGUCAAAAUUUUUCUGCAUAAGCUUAUUUUUAUGACUUUGUGCCAGCUGGAUUAUAUUUUUUUGACAGUAUAUCCUUCUGAUUCAGUUAUCUGAUCGCCUCAAUGGGACUCCAAGUUCUGUGGAGCAUGGGCCUUGCGUGCCUCGAUGUCUAUGCUUUAAGAGUCAAGAGAGAUCUUCAGAACCCAGUCUCAGUGAGCCUGUUCGUGGUUGGGGACUGCGUAAUAAUUUCUCCCUUCAAUCUUAUGCUAAGUUUAUGGGAACAUCUAAAGAUUGAUAUUCACACAUAUGAUAUAAAAAUUAAUUACCCUAUUUAUAUUUACAACCUGCAUUCAGACAUCGAGCAACCAGAAUCUUUGGUACCAUGUUAGAGAGUUAACCCACCCAUUUAAAUAAAGAGUUAUCUGAUAUGAGAGGAUUGAACACAAUAAAUAUAAUUUACUUUCUAUAGUAGGAACCUUGAAUCUGCGGGAAUCAGAAAACUUCUUGAAGCCACAAAAAUAUAAUCUGUGUUUGGUAACAAGAACAUUAAUCUCCAGAAAUCUUAGAAACAGGCAUGAAUUAUAUAUUCUGUGAUAAGAAUCUUGAAUCCUCACGAAUUAGAGAAGUUAAAAGGACAUACAAUUUGCAUUGAAUCCUGGUGCAUUAGAAAACUUUAAACCGCAGAUGGCAUUAAUAUUCUAUGCUAGGAGCAUAGAAUCUUGGAAACCCGUUUUGACUGUUCCAGUGAUGAGUAAUCUUCUCUUGAUCAGCAUAAUGGCUCGAGGCUAAAAAAAUAUGCUGUCUUGGCAGGUGACUGCAACUCUAUCGCUUGCUGCCGCAUGUUCUUCAGCGGGUGUCACGGUCUUGUUUGCCAGAGAUGUCCACCUUUGUUCAACAGAGGCGGAUUUAUCGUGCAACAGGUACAAGAUAUCUGUAUCAUGUGCCUUUGUGACUUGGGCUCUGAUCGCCCAGUCCUCCACCGUCAUGUUAUGGCUGCUGGCUUCCAUGUGA